CCUUAAGACCAACUGAUGUGGUGCUGGAAGUUGGACCUGGAACUGGCAACAUGACUGUAAAGUUGUUAGAAAAGGCAAAAAAGGUAAAAAGAUGAUGUAGUGUUUUAGUAUCAGAAAUGACUAUGUGAGCAGGCUCAGCUAGUUUACAAAUGCAAAUCCGUUUUAAUUAAUUGCUAUUAUUUUAAUAGUAACUCUUAAUCCCUUGCUAGAGAUUUUAUUUCAGAAAGUAUAUUUCAGUCAGGAAAACAGAAACCACAUUAGAUAGUUCAACAGUGAAUUUAAUGUAGGGAAUUGGUUACAUGUUUGUUAGACGACUAAAAGAAAAAGAUGAGGACAAUGAAAUAACCCCAAAAUAAUAAUUGCAAAGAGCAGCUACCACCUCUAGGCCUGGGGGAGCAAAACAAAGAGGUUGGAAUUAUUGGAAUCCAGAACUUUGGAGGAAAAUACCUGCAGAGCUAGGGCUCAGGUCUCUGAGAUUGGGUACCACCUGGAUGUUGCUGGUAUCUUCUUUGUGUCUUGGCUGACCCAGCUUCCAGUUAAAUGGAACCAUUGUUGUGUCCUAGUAGAAACAAGCAGCACAUUUUAAAGGGCUUAUCUGAAGAGAGUUUAAUGGUGAGACUGUUAUGGACAUAGGGGAAUGGGGUUAAGGGAACCCGUAAGCAUUAGUGAAACUAGUGACUAGGUACAGCAAGGCAGUUAUCAUACAAAGGCCUCAGCGGAAAGGGCAGGAAACUGUUAGCCCAGUGAGAGUAGGAGCCAUGGAAGAGGAGCCACUCAUAGCAGAAUACUGCCACUGCCAAAACUUCUGCAAGGCAUGAGGCAGGAAUUAGGAAAUAAAUAGCCAGCCCCUCCCCUUGUGCCUUUCACUGGCCAGUCCCAACAGAAGUCUAAGGGUAAGGGAGCUGGACUGCAUUACCUACGGGGCGCAGAGAAAGGUAGAGAGUGGAUUUGGGAGCCAAACAGAAUAAGCAGCACAUUUGUUUACCCUGUAGACAUAGUCUUCUUGGAAGUCAGAGAAACCUUACCUGAAAUUGCAGUAAAAUUACAAUUUCAGCCUUAUUUCAACCUUAUCUGGUGUGUUUUCAUUUACUUGGGAAUUUAUGUUUGUUAUGUAUUCUGGAUCCCAGGAGGUGGUAGAUGAGAGAAGUGAUAAUGCACAUUUUAACAGCAGUUGCAUUGUAUGCUCUUGUCUAAGAACACUGACUACACAGACAUAUUGUGUAUUUUUUUCAUCAUCUGUUCAAUUACAAAGCAUGGAGACAGACAAAACAUGGUAAUUCUGGGUAAUUCUGUUGUAUAUUUGGGUAGAACUUAUAUAAUCCGGUCAUCUAUUUUUUUGAGUGGUGUUUUUGUUGUUUAAUGUGGGGGAGUACAGUUGAGAGACUAUUCCCCAAGACUUGUAGAGUUGCUAAAAAAAAAAAAAAAAAAAAGAAUAUUGAAUAUUUGAUGAUAGAUUUGGGAAAAGAAAUUUAAAUCAUGUAAGAGUUACUACAGGGAUAAUAAGAAAAGAUUUAUACUCUAUAAUUAACCUAAAGAAACUUUUUUUAAAAAAUUUAGGUAGUUGCCUGUGAACUUGACCCAAGGCUAGUAGCAGAACUACACAAAAGAGUUCAGGGCACGCCUCUGGCCAGCAAACUUCAAGUAAUGGUGGGUGAUGUGUUGAAAACAGAUUUGCCAUUCUUUGAUGCUUGUGUGGCAAAUUUGCCUUAUCAGAUCUCUUCUCCAUUUGUCUUCAAGCUGUUGCUGCACCGACCUUUUUUUCAGAUGUGCUAUACUUAUGUUUCAAAGAGAAUUUGCUCUCCGACUGGUUGCAAAACCUGGAGAUAAGUUAUACUGCAGACUGUCAAUUAACACACAGCUAUUAGCACGUGUGGACCAUCUGAUGAAAGUUGGAAAGAAUAACUUCAGACCACCACCCAAGGUGGAAUCCAGUGUUGUAAGGAUAGAACCUAAGAAUCCACCACCACCCAUCAAUUUUCAGGAAUGGGAUGGCCUUGUAAGAAUCACCUUUGUUAGGAAAAACAAGACUCUUUCUGCUGCAUUUAAAUCAAGUGCAGUACAACAGCUGUUGGAAAAAAACUACAGAAUUCAUUGUUCGGUCCAUAAUACUGUAAUACCAGAAGAUUUCAGCAUAGCAGAUAAAAUACAGCAAAUCCUAACCAGCACAGGUUUUAGUGACAAACGGGCCCGUUCCAUGGACAUAGAUGACUUCAUCAGAUUGCUACAUGGAUUCAAUGCAGAAGGUAUUCAUUUUUCCUAGGUAUUUGGAAAACAGAAUUUUCAAGGUCAAGAAAAGAAAUGAAUUAUAUUUUCAUCAUUUGAGAAGAUGAACUUUGCUUUUGCUCUACUGGGACGUUAUUUAUUUGCUUGACUAUUUUUGGCUUAAAACUACUGUUGUCACCAGUUAUUCUAAAUUUUUAAGGUGGUCAGUUCUAAGGGCCUAAGUUUUUUGGGUUUUGGUUUGUUUUUAAUAUAUAACAUAGGGCAGGGUCCAAUCUAUUCAUAAUAACCUUCAAGUUCAAGAGCCGCAGAUACGCACAACUUUAUACUUAAAUUUACCAUUUCUAACAGUUUAUCAUAUAAAGAUGUUCCUUUUCUAUUUACUGUGUUAUAUACCGUGAGGCCCUCUUUAGGCCUUUAGCUCUGUCCCUCAAGUAUUAAAAAAGUUAAAAUAUGCUUCUCUAGUCACAUAUUUCCUAUACUGUUUCUUGUUAUUCACAUGUAUGGUAAAACAAUUGUCUCUUAAA